UUGAACUUCUGAGCAGCCUGCACGCGUCCGUUACAGCAUUCAACACACACCACAUACGACACAUACUCGUAUUCAGUAGUUCCUCACAUACUCCAGUUUUCGUCGCCUUUUCGCUUGCAUCAAAGAUAAAUCGACCGUAUCUAUUGCGAAUUAGAAUAAUAGUUAAAUUUCAAAGAGUUUUGUGCUAAAGAUUCUUCUGAUAAGAGGUGCAGUGCGCAGUGACCAGCGCAGUGAUAGUGUUAAGUUUUGUGAAGAUCGUCUAGCGUCGUCAAAAUGCAGUUGAAAGGUAUGCAACGAAUGGUUGGUGUGGAGGAAGUGACAAACGGCUUUAGCAUAUGGCGAGCUCUGUGUGCAGAGUUUGUAGGGACCUUCUUUUUGGUAUUUGUUGGUGUGUGCAGCACGACAGCAUUCGGCCCACUAGAAACUCCAUCAGUGGUUCAGAUCGGAUUCACAUUCGGCUUAGUUGUUGCAACAAUGGCUCAAGCACUUGGGCACAUUAGUGGUUGCCACAUCAACCCAGCCAUAACAAUCAGUUUCGUUAUCACAUGCCAGAUGAGUAUACUUAAGGGUCUCUUCUACAUAAUAGUCCAAUGUGUUGGUGCUAUCGCAGGAGCUGCAGUUGCAAGGGCAGCGAGACCAGAACCUUUCGUCGAAACGCUUGGCAACACAAGCCUUGCAACUGACGUAACCACUGGACAAGGUGUCCUUAUCGAAGCCUUGAUUACGUUCGUCCUAGUGUUCGUUGUUCAAAGUGUCUCAGAUGGAAAACGUACAGACAUUAAGGGCUCGGCAGCUCUAGCUAUUGGACUGUCAAUUACGACUGGUCAUCUGGCAGCGCUAAGAUUCACUGGAUCUAGUAUGAAUCCAGCAAGGAGUUUUGGACCAGCUGUAAUAAUGGACUUCUGGGUCAAUCACUGGGUGUACUGGGUGGGACCGAUAGCCGGUGGUAUAUGUGCGGGUAUCAUUUACAGGCUACUCUUCAAGGCACGCAAAGGCGACGAUCAACAGAGUGAAGAGAAAUUCAGAAGGGAUGCCCGGGCUCAACAAGAGGCAUAACUGACUAACCACAACCAGAUAUCAUCAAAUCUAAUGUACACAUAAAUACUGCAAUAUUAUGUAGACUUUAGUAUUUAUAAUUUAUAUUUGUAAGUGUUUGUUUGUAUUGUUGGAAUUUUUAUUAAUUUUUAAAAUGAAAAUUGUAACACUUCGAAAACGGGGGGUUUGAUAAGGGCGACUAGUGAUCUAGUGAUUUGUUUUAGUGUUAAUAAUAAGAAUAAAUAAUAAUAUUGAAAUUACAAGAUU